CUGACUAUCCUCUACGAAGUACUCUGUAGAUCUGGUAUAUAUAUAGUGACAUCAGGGUAGGAUACUUAAGUAGAUCUCAGCUCAACCAUUCGCUCCACCGAUCCACCGUAAAAGCGGCGAGUGAUAACAGAUCACACCAAACAAUCCAUACUACAGUAACUACCAUCCAUCCAUCCAAUUCUACCCAGACAACCUUGAACCAACAUACAAUCUCAACAACAACAACAACAAAAUGUACCACACAAAACCCUCCAAAUAAAUAACAAAGAGAGAGAGGAAAAAAAGAUGAACACCCUCAAAGCAACCCAACUCCAACGCCUCGCCCAAGCAACAGGCAUCAAAUCAUCCGGGCCGAAGCCUGUUCUCGCUGCGCGUUUAGCGGGGGAGCUGGGACGGGUUCGCAGUCGCAGUCGCGAUGGGGGCGAGGAACAGGGACAGGGGCUCAGUGUGUUGAGUAUUGAUAUGGGGAUAAGGAAUUUGGCAUUUGCGCAUUUGGUUGUUCCUUCUCUCUCCUCCUCUUCUUCGCAUUCUUCUUCGUCUACUUCUCAACUGGACGAGACGAAAGGAGAUUAUACGGGAUAUACAGACACGUCUAGAGACAAUGGAGGAGGAAUAUAUCUCAACGCAUGGCACCGUCUCCCCAUAACAGACGCAUCUCUACAAGAAUUCGCUGCUGCCAGCCAAUCAUCGACACCACCCCCCCAAAAACCAGAAGAAGAAGAAAAAGACCAAGAAGAAAAAGAAACAUUCACCCCAGAAACAUACGCUCCCCGCGCCUACACCCUCCUCACGACCCUCCUAGCCCGCUACCGCCCCACGCACAUCCUCAUCGAGCGCCAGCGGUUCCGCUCGGGCGGCGCCAGCGCCGUGCAGGAGUGGUCGCUGCGGGUGGGUGUUUUCGAGGGCAUGCUGCAUGCGGUGCUGUUUACUUUGGGUCAACAACAGUUGCAGAUGCAGCGGAAGCUGGCUCCGCCGGUUGUGGUUGGGGUUGAGCCGAGGCGGGUGGGGAGGUAUUGGGAGUUUGUGAGAGGGGUGUCUUCUCUUGAGGAUGGGAAGGGGGUGGGGAAGGAGGGGGGGAAGGGUGAGGAAGGGGAAAAGAAGAAGAAGAAGUCGGCGAAGGAGGGGAAGAAGGUUAAGAUUGCGCUUGUUGGGGGGUGGCUUGAGGCUGCUUGUUCUUCUGCUUCUUCUUCGGCUGCUUCUUUGGGGGGUAUGGCUUCGACAGCGGCGUCGUCAUCUGUUACCUCGGUGGGUCGUACAGGUGCUGCGUCUUGGUCAGGGCUGGGAGGAGUUACAUCUGCGUCUACAUCUACCCCUAAACACACAUCUACAGCAACAACACCCACAACAACAGACGCUCCGCCAGUAUCAAUCCAACUAGGCGACUCGCCCCACCUCCAAAAAACCAUAACGGCCUACCUAGCAAAAUGGCACGGCACUCCCAGAACACGGAAGAAGAAGAAACCCCUAACGCCCGUCCCCUCGGAGAUGGCCGACGGCACCGUGGGAGGACAGCGUGGUGACACAGACAAGGAUGUCGACAGGGAAGAAGAACCAAAUGUGGAGAUUGAGAGUGAGAUUGGAGUUGAAAUUGGGAAACUGGAUGAUUUGGCGGACUGUUUGGUGCAGGGGGUUACGUGGUUGGAGUGGAGGGCGAUGAGGGAGAGGGUUGUUAGGGAGGGGGUUCUUGGGGAGUUGAGGUGA